UGCCGCCUGGUCCGUCUAUCGUGCCCUGUGUUCAGUUUUGGGGGGGGGGUCUCACUCUUUCUCUAGACUGCGGAGCGGUCUCGCGACCGAGAACCAGAUUCCCGAAUUCGGGCUUCUCUUCUUUCCUCCUCUGAACCCACUUUGCUGUCCCAGGACGGCUGCGGUGAUGUCCGCGCUGCGACUUCUGCUUCUGCUGCUGCCUCUGUGUCCCGGUCCUGGUCCCGGACCCGGGAGCGAGGCAAAGGUCACCCGGAGUUGUGCUGAGACCCGGCAGGUGCUUGGGGCUCGGGGAUAUAGCUUAAGCUUACUCCCUCCUGCUCUGAUCUCAGGUGAACACCUCCGAGUCUGUCCCCAGGAGUACACCUGCUGUUCCAGUGAGACAGAGCAAAGGUUGACCAAGGAGACUGAGCACACCUUCCGAGGACUCGUGGAGGAAAGUGGUUCCUUCCUGGUUCACACACUGGCUGCCCGGCACAGAAAAUUUGAUGAGUUUUUUCGGGAGCUGCUCUCCGCGUCAGAGCGCUCCCUGGCCCAGCUCUUCUCUCGCUCCUACGGCCGCCUGUAUGCCCAGCACGCCCCCAUUUUCAGUGGCCUGUUCUCUCGGCUGCGGGGCCACUAUGGGGGGGCGAGUGGGGGGUUGGAUGACACCUUGGCUGAUUUCUGGGCACAGCUCCUGGAGAGAGCGUUCCCCCUGCUGCACCCACAGUACAGCUUCCCCCCUGACUACCUGCUCUGCCUCACGCGCCUCGCCUCCGCUGCUGAUGGCUCUCUGCAGCCCUUCGGGGACUCACCCCGCCGCCUCCGCCUGCAGAUAACCCGUGCUCUGGUGGCUGCCCGUGCCCUUAUCCAGGGCCUGGCAACUGGAAGAGAUGUGGUCAGCACAGCACUUAAGGUGUCGAUGUCCGAAGGCUGCAGCCGGGCUGUCAUGCGUCUGACUGGCUGCCCCCUUUGCAGAGGGGACCCCUCUCUUCCACCCUGCCGGGGCUUCUGCCUCAAUGUGGCCCGUGGCUGUCUCAGUGGCGGGGGACUGGAGCCUGACUGGGGGAGCUAUCUGGAUGCUCUCUUGCUCCUGGCUGAGAGACUCCAGGGUCCCUUUUCCUUUGAGCUGGCAGCUGAGUCCAUUGGGGUGAAGAUCUCAGAGGGUUUGAUGUUUCUGCAAGAAAACAGUGUGGGGGUGUCAGCCCAGGUAUUUCAGGGAUGCGGGGGCCCCUACCCGGCGCCGGCUCGCACCCGCCGAGCUCCAGCUCCCCGGGAAGAGGCGGGCCGGCUCUGGACGUUGGCGGCCGAGGAGGAGCGACCCACCACGGCGGCAGGCACCAACCUGCCCCGGCUGGUGUGGGAGCUUCGCGAGCGGCUGGGCCGGGUGAGGGGCUUCUGGGCCGGGCUGCCCCUGAUGGUGUGCGGGGACCCCCGCAUGGCGGCGGACAUCUCGCAGGAGGCGGCCCCCUGCUGGACCGGAGCAGGACGAGGCCGGUACCUGCCACCCAUCGUCGGGAGCUCCCUGGCGGAACAGCUCAACAACCCAGAGCUGGAGGUAGACGUCUCGGGACCCGACCUCCCGACACGCAGGCGGCGGCUGCAGCUCCGGGCGGCCACGGCCAGGAUGAGGGCGGCCGCCCUCGGACAUGACCUGGACCUGCAGGACACGGAUGAGGAUGCCAGCGGCUCUGGAGGGGGCCAGCACUAUGCCGAUGACUGGAUGGCUGGGACGGCGGCCGUGGCCCCCCCAGCCCGGCCUCCUCGUCCUCCUCGAAGGGACAGCCCUGGGGGCAAAGGAGGAGGUGGUGGUUCCCGCCACAACCAGGGCAGGAGCAGGGGUGGGGGGGCGCCUGUUGGUUUUCACACCCACCCCAUCCUCAUCCUCUUCCUCUCAGCCCUGGCCCUGCUUGGACCUCGAUAA